CAAGGUUUCUGACGAGCAGUUCUGGGGAGGCAGAGGUCGCGCUGGGGCGUGAGUGGAGGUGAGGAGGGCACCCCUCAACCUCCCUCUGCACCAGCUCCCCGACCUCUGGCCUCCUCCCUGCUCAGAGAUUGAGGUUGGCUCGGUGCCCAGUCUCCUCCCCUCCUCAGUCCUUGUCUCUGAGCUGCGAAGAGGAAACCAGAGCCUGUCUCCCUGCCAGUGUCCGGUUUCUGAGUUUCGGGGGCGGGCCGUCUGGUGACAGUGACAGGCAUCCCCAGCUCCCUGGCCAGCUCAGUCCCAUCCCAGAGCAGGACCCGGCCCCGAUGCAGCGAUUCCUGCAGCUCCCAGCGGCCGUGGCCAGGACGGGGGCCCGAGGGGCCAGCGGGGCGGACCAGGAGGCUGCCAGCCCUGUGCUGACCCCCGAGGGCGGGCCCCCAGCCUGGUACCAGGCCCUGCAGCCCGAGGAGCUUCGGUGGCUACAGGCCCCCGAGGAAGACACAGCCCAAGAAGCGCCCCUGGAAGGACCGUGCCCAGAGCCCGGCCAAGGCCAGAGUCAGAGCCAGCCACUCCGGCACGAUGACCUGAAGGAGAUGCUGGACAGCAACAAGGAUUCCCUCAAGCUGGAGGCCAUGAAGAGGAUUGUGGCGAUGAUCGCCCGGGGAAAGAAUGCCUCAGACCUAUUUCCCGCUGUGGUGAAGAACGUGGCCUGUAAGAACAUAGAGGUGAAGAAGCUGGUCUACGUGUACCUGGUGCGCUACGCAGAGGAGCAGCAAGACCUGGCCCUGCUGUCCAUCUCCACCUUCCAGCGCGGCCUCAAGGACCCCAACCAGCUGAUCCGCGCCAGCGCCCUCCGAGUCCUCUCUAGCAUCCGCGUGCCCAUCAUAGUGCCCAUCAUGAUGCUGGCCAUCAAGGAAGCUGCCUCGGACAUGUCGCCCUACGUGCGGAAAACGGCCGCCCAUGCCAUCCCUAAGCUCUACAGUUUGGAUUCUGACCAGAAGGACCAGCUGAUCGAGGUCAUUGAGAAGCUCCUGGCCGACAAGACCACGCUGGUGGCGGGCAGCGUGGUGAUGGCCUUCGAAGAGGUGUGCCCGGAGCGCAUCGACCUGAUCCACAAGAACUACCGGAAGCUCUGCAACCUGCUCAUCGACGUGGAGGAGUGGGGCCAGGUGGCCAUCAGCACGAGGGGCUCCCAUAACCUCUGA